AUGAACAAAGUCUCACUGAUUUUGUUCUUUGUUAGAAACUCUGUGCAGAACUUUAGACCUGGCAGAAGUGGCCAUGAGACCAGAAAGAGUACCUUCUACACAAAUGAGGAAUGGGAACUGCUGAAUCCUACUCCUAAAGAGUUGGAAGAAUCACUCCUACAUGAGGAGAAGAAGAGGCCCCUGGAAGGAGGCCCAAAAAACCCUGGAAUGGUUUUCCCCAUUUGAUUUUCCACGCCUUCCUGCAAAAGCCAGGCGUCCAUUAUCAUGUGUGAAUAAGAAUCCAAGCAGCGUAGAUAAUUCGUCUGUGGAGUCUUCACCUGGGAAUGAAUCAAAGAACGACUUUGAAUUUAGGUUAAAAGUUCAGAACCAGCAGGGGGAGUUGGAGAGACUGAGGCAGGAACUGAACAGCCAAAAGGAACUUGUAAAACUUUUGCAGCAGUCACUGAGGUCAUCACAGUAUGAUAAAUACCUUUCUAGUCCAUUUAGUGAUGGGCCCUCUAAAGAUUACUUGCAACUGUUACAAACAAAAGGAUGAUCAGAUUCAGGAACUGAAUCGUCUGCUGGAGAGGAAAGAGCAGGAGAAAGAGAACAUUCACCAGCAAAUUGAGGACCUCAAGCGCGGCAUGGAGAACUUAAAGGACCAGCUCAGCAUGAUGAUGGAGACUAUACAAGCAAAAGAUGAAGUGAUCAUAAGGUUAUCCAGGCAGAUUAGUGACUAUGAGCAGUCCUCUCCUUUAUCCAGCAAAUCCUCAGAAACCCUGGCAUGUUCUAAUAAGGACCAAGAAGAGCUGAGCCGGUUGCAAGACAGUCUGCAAGGAUACAAAGCACAAAACAAGUUUCUUAACAAAGAAAUAUUGGAGCUUUCAGCUCUGCGAAGAAACUCUGAAAGAAGGGAACAAGAACUGGAGUCAAAGUAUGCUACCCUAGAGGCCAAAAUUUGUCAGAUUGAGAGCAAGUACCUUGUCCUCCUCCAAGAAAUGAAGACACCAGUGUAUUCUGAUGGGGAAGGACCUGCUCGAGAUGUGGUUAACCAGCUGUUGGAGGACGCAUUAAAGGUGGAGACGGCUGAGCAUACAGAGCACACAUUCAUCAGACCACACACUAUGAGCAAACAUGACAUCUAUGGAUUCCAGAUCCUUCCUGAGGAUGAAGAUGAUGAGGAAAGAUUGGUGGCCAAAGUAAGGGCCCUGGAUAUCAAGUCUUUGUCCCUGUCGGAUAAUCAAGAGAUUUCAACAGUGGUGAAGUGGGAAAACUAUUUUGCUAACAUGGUAAACCGAGAAAUGGUCCGUUCACCAGAGCUCAAAAGCCUUGUCCGAAAUGGAAUCCCCCACCAACAUCGUUCUAAAAUGUGGAAAUUGUUUGUAAACCAGCACAUCAAGAAAUUAAAGGUUGAGGUCACUCCGGAUUACUUUGAAACCCUUCUCCGUAAUGCCCUUGAGAAGCAAAAUCCAGCCUCAAAACAGAUAGAACUGGACCUUAUGAGAACACUGCCAAACAACAAGCACUAUACAUCAUCCACCUCUGAGGGCAUCCAGAAGCUACGCAAUGUCCUGCUAGCUUAUUCCUGGAGGAAUCCUGAUAUUGGCUACUGCCAGGGACUGAAUCGGUUGGCCGCCAUAGCACUCCUUUAUCUUGACCAGGAAGAUGCUUUCUGGUGCCUGGUUACUAUUGUAGAGGUGUUCAUGCCUCGAGAUUACUACACCAAAACACUUCUGGGAUCCCAGGUGGAUCAGAGGGUUUUCAAGGAUCUCAUGAGUGAAAAGCUGCCCCGUCUCUGCUCUCAUUUUGAGCAGUACAAUGUGGAUUACACUCUGAUUACAUUUAACUGGUUCCUGGUGGUGUUUGUGGAUAGUGUGGUUAGUGACAUCUUCUUCAGAAUUUGGGAUUCCUUCCUGUAUGAAGGUUCAAAGGUGAUUUUCCGCUUUGCCCUUGGGCUGUUUAAAUACAAAGAGGAAGAAAUUUUAAAAAUCCAAGAUUCUACAUCUAUAUUUAAGUAUCUUAGAUAUUUUAGCCGGACCAUUCUUGAUGCGAGAAAACUCAGCAACAUUGCAUUUGUGGACAUGAAUCCAUUUCCAUUACGCCAGAUCCGCAACCGCCGCACAUACCAUUUGGAGAAAGUGCGUCUAGAGCUGUCUGAGCUUGAGGCCAUACGCGCAGAUUUCAUAAGAGAGCGAGAGACCAACCCAGAGAGAAGAGACCUCAUCAGUGAUGAUGAUGAAGACAGUUAA